AUGAUUAGCAGAAAAAGCGAAGUCGCUAAUUUCACCCCGAGGGCCAUUACGAAUAGGCCUAUAAGUAGUAACCGACGGAGGGGUAGGAACGAAAUAACGGAGGAACAAAAGAAUGAGAUAAAGGAAGCUUUCGAUUUAUUUGACACGGAAAAAACGGGGAAAAUCGACUACCAUGAGUUGAAGGUGGCAAUAAGAGCACUUGGGUUUGACAUAAAGAAGGCAGACGUUUUGGAACUCAUGAGGGAAUACGAUAAAUCCAAUUCGGGCUAUAUAGACUACAAUGAUUUUCUGGACAUUAUGACGCAGAAGAUCGGGGACAGAGACCCAACGGAGGAAAUAAUCAAAGCGUUUAAACUGUUUGACGAUGACGACACGGGAAAAAUAUCGCUAAAGAAUUUGCGGAGGGUGUCCCGAGAACUGGGAGAAAACCUAUCCGACGACGAACUGCAAGCGAUGAUAGACGAAUUUGACAAGGACAUGGACGGAGAAAUUAGCCAAGAGGAAUUCUUCAGCAUAAUGAAACAAACCAGCGCAUCGAUUGGCGUAUCAUUCCAAACGAUGGAUAGACACGGGGUUGACAAGUGCAAGAUAUUUGAAGAAAUAGAGGACUUUGUCCUCCACGUAAUGUCCUGGUUGUUGAGCUUUGACGUGGAUAUUUUUAAGGCCAACUCGGAGAAGCAGUACCCCCGCAGCCUCCUCAAUCGGCGCCUCGUGGGGCUCUGCAGGACCGUAUCGGUGGUACAGCUCGUCAACGACUUGGUCAUCCAGGACAAAAGUUGCACGCAGAGGGAAAUAUACUACAAGCUGUACAACCUCUUCAGCGAGCAGUGUCAAGCGAAUCGGCACAUCCUGCACGUUUGCCACAUCUUGGGAUUUCCCAGGGCAUCCCUGAAUGUCUAUGCCUCGGAAAAAGGGUGCAUAGGAGGUCUCCUCGUGCUUCGAAAGAACAACGAGCGUUUGAAUCUGAACGAAGUGGAAAACGGGUUAAUGAUUAAUGACAGCCUUUUAAAUGUCGAUCAAGUGGAGAGUCAAGCAAACUACAUACUCGUGGUGGAAAAAUAUUCGCUAUAUCAGAAGCUUUGCGAAAAGCAGAUAUGGAAUAUUUUGCCCUGCAUUUUAAUAACCGGGAAAGGAGUGCCAGAUUUUUCCACCCGGAAAAUUAUUUGCGAGUUGGUGGAACUCUUCCAACUGGAGUGCGUCUACGUGGGGGACUACGACCCCUACGGCUUCCGAAUAUACUUGAGCUACAAGGAGGGCUGCAAAACUAAUGAAGACGACAUCUUCGCUUGUCCCGAUAUGCGAUGGGUUGGCAUGAACUUUCAGGACAUAGAGCUUAUCCCCAAGGAGGCCCUCCUGGCGUUAUCCAAGAGGGACAAAAAUGUCUUGCGCAACAUGCUAAAUGGUGACAGCCCUAAGUGCAGUGCAAAGGUGAGAAGCGAAAUCAUCCAAAUGGAAAAGCUGAGUAAGAAAUUUGAAAUAGAGGCUAUGGAGUCUUUGGGUACGGACUUCUUCAUCCGGGAGUAUUUGAUUCGAAGGGUAAUGCGAAGGGAGUGGGCCUCCUAA